GAAGACCGAAACUUCCCAAGUUGGAAUGAAACCUCGUAUCGAACGUGCUGAGAAUAGACCGAAGCAAGUACCUCCUGGUUUAAGCGGUUCUUCUACGCACCAGGGGUCCUCAGCACUUCCCGGAGCAGAGCCCAACACGUCUGUUCCUUUUUCGCGGUCGAGGCAACAGCCACAAUCUGGCUUGCUUGCGCUUUCUGACCUGGUGGACAAUAUUUUAAAUGCUUUAAAUAUAAAUGACCCUCUUAAAAGCAUAGUAUUAUGUUUGCUUCCGAUUGUGAGAACAUUUUUGAAAGAAAAAUGUGGUUUUUUAGCAGCGUUCAUUUCCCUCGAUGCCUGAUUCAGUGCAAGAGGUCAAGGAUUUGACCACUGUAAUACAGUGGAAUUGCAGAAGCAUCAUCCCUAAACUAGAUCAAUUUAAAUUUUUAAUUCAUAGUUCUAACUGUGAUGUGUUUUCCCUCUGUGAAACAUGGCUUUCUUCAGCCGACGAACUGAAUUUCCACGAUUUCAACAUUAUUCGCCUCGAUCGAAAUGACUCGUUUGGUGGCGUACUAUUGGGGAUCAAAAAAUGCCACUCCUUCUAUAGAGUCACUCUCCCAUCGAUGACAGGCAUUGAAGUUGUCGCUUGCCAGACACAAAUCAAUGGCAAAGACCUCUGCAUUGCCUCGAUAUAUAUUCCUCCAAGAACUAUGGUUGGCCGCCAUCAGUUUUUUGAUAUCAUCGAGGCACUGCCGGAGCCGCGGCUAAUCUUAGGUGACCUCAACUCCCAUGGAACAGCAUGGGGUUCACUCUACGAUGACAACCGUGCCACUUUGAUUUAUGAUCUGUGUGACAACUUCAAAUUGACAGUUUUGAAUACUGGGGAAGCAACUAGAAUAGCCAACCCUCCUGCACGGGCAAGCAUGCUAGACAUAUCACUUUGCUCUUCUUCGUUAUCCCUGGAUUGCACGUGGAAGGUAAUCCAAGAUCCCCACGGUAGUGACCACCUGCCAAUAAUUUUAUCGAUCGCCAAUGAAUCAGCACUUGUUUCAAUGCAUGAACUUCCUCCACUCGAAGAGUAUAAUUUUAUAUCGAGUUUGAUUUACGAAAGCGCACUUCAAGCUCAAAAGAAACGUGUUCCUGCUACCACUUUACGACGUCGUCCUCCAUCACUUUGGUGGGACAAGGAGUGUUCAAAGGUCUACCUUGAAAAAUCAUCCGCUUUCAAAAAAUUCCGGAAAACUGGACUAGUGGAAUGGUUUCGAAAGCACCAAGCUCUAGAAGCCAAACUAAAAGGUCUGAUUAAAGAAAAAAGCGUGGAUAUUGGCGAAAGUUCGUCAAUGGUUUGUCAAGGGAGACCGCUAUGAGCACUCUUUGGAAUACGGCUAGGAGAAUGCGUGGCUGGAACCAUACAAAUGAAAGUGAGGAAUACUCUGACCGUUGGAUUUUCAAAUUUGCAAGAAAGGUUUGUCCCGAUUCCGUUCCUGCACAAAGCGUCGUACGCGACAUUCCACUCCAAUGCGACUAUGAGAAUUUUUCGAUGGUGGAAUUCUCAAUUGCCCUCCUCUCAUGUAACAAUUCAGCUCCGGGGUCGGACAAGAUUAAAUUCAACUUGUUGAAGAAUCUUCCCGACUUGGCAAAACAGCGUUUGCUGAACUUGUUCAACAAGUUUCUGGAGCUGAAUAUUGUCCCGCAUGACUGGAGACAAGUGAGAGUGAUAGCCAUACGGAAACCCAACAA